AUGCUCCACCAAUCCAGAAACAAAAGAGGAAAAUCAACACUCUGCAAACGGGUUCCAAGUAAGAAAAUUUCUCAAAAUGGAACAAAAGAUAGAGACCAUAAGAGCUGCAAAUGCCUGUGGAACUUGCCCAGGCCAUCGGAAGUAGACAAGAUAGGCUUCUUCGCUGCUACUCUUCGGCCGUCGAGAAUUGCUUCGUAUACCACACUCUCCGAUCCUGAAGAAAGAAAAAAAAAAAAUGAAAAUGUCCGGAUAAAUCGAUUUCAACUUAACGCAGACAGCGAGAGUGAAAGAGGGAAAGAAGAAACAGUGCCUCUAGCGAUUGGGGAGAGAAGAGUGAAGGAAGGAGGAUCGAUUCACUGGUGCAACAUCCUCUAA